GUGCUUUAGCCCGCUACCCGCCCGACCUUCAAACACAACCACAGACUUCCUGACUUCUGAGCCACCCUGGAAGGGUACAUCCCCAAUCCCUGGGCAGGCCUUUAAUUUACUUGGUGUAAACCAGUCGUCUAGUCUGCGAUGCGUGGCAUCACCACUCGAUGCUAUGCGAUGCGAUACGAUGCGAUGCGAUACGAUGUGAUGCCCGAUGGCAGAUGGGCCACGACAGAAGCAGCAGCAACCCUCAACUCGAGAUCUGUCCGGUCGUGUCCCCUUCGUGUGUCCCGCCCAUCGUGUGUCAAUCGUAUUUGUCCAGUUUGACUGUACAACAACAACAACAACAACAACUAGCGGAAUUGCUCCUUCCUCAGAUCCUCAGCAAAUGCCACGCCGUGAGUGGAUGUGAGGGAUGUGGGAGUGCAAUGCCGUUUGAAUGAAUGCCCAGCAGAACUCGAAGCGGCAAACUGCCCGUCCCGGGAUGGUCUACCGUGCUGAUGGGUCCCGCUUGCUGCCCGGCCCUCCCAUGCAUCACCCACUCUGCCACUGCGGAUCCCAGGUGCAACGUCCAGGUGCCAGGCCACCCAGGCCAGGGUGCGCUGUCCUCCUGUGAGGUGUGAAUGGCAGGUGUUCGUCUCGUCUCCUUUACUCCCCACUGCACUACGCGAAACGGAAUGAAAAUCGCCCCAUCCUGCGCCCCGUUGUUUCUGUUCCUGGGCCCUGCUAAAGUGUGUCUCUCCUGCCCUCCUUCCCUGACUUACACCCUUUACCUUCCUCCGUUUCCUGCCCUCACUUCCUCCCUUUUGGCAUCUCCCUCUUGCCAAACUUUCUGGUUCAGUGGCAGCCCCCACCCCGACGGUCUCUACCUCUCCCAUUCAUUCCCUGCCCUGUCCCUACUCCACCCAUCCACUCAUUCAGUCUUGAAUAAGUCGUGCCGCCCCCCUUUUCCUCCGAGACGCAGAUUUGUUCUUCUCACCCACAACGCUCUCUACAACCGACCGGACGGACAACCGUGACACUCCUUUUUGUAAAUUCAACCACUCUCCUUACUUGGCCCUUCCGAGCAUCGUUCGUUUCUAAGUGUUGAUCGCAUCACUCAGUUGGGGGAAAGUUGAGGAUCCUGCUCGAAACCAGUGUUUUGGUGGAAAUCGCACAUCGGACAAGAACUAGGACUUUGAACUUCGGAAUUUCUGGAGGAACAAGGAAUCUGCGACGACGCUUCAGCAUCCUUACGACAACUGCCCAUCGACGUGGUGUUGACGACAUACAAGUGUUGGCGCAAAACGAGUUGAUAUCUACCUUACCCGCUCGCCACCCCUGACUUCCACUUUGGGAAGCAACAACCUACCCACCAGUCAGCUUUCGAAAAGGUACCGAUCGAGCAAUUCCCGACCGAUUCUCGGAUCGCAUUCUUCAAAGGACCCCGUGGUUAACUUUUUUGGGUGGGAUCUCAAGUAUCGACAAGACAUUCUAUCAUCGCGCUUUGGGGAGGCUGGACUACAACGGCUUUGUCUCAGACUCAGCCACCACCGCACAAGCGCCCGUCCUUGACAAUCAGCACCAUCGAGGCUCACUCUCAAAACAUCACACUCGAGUUCAUCAUCGCAAAGCCACCAUGAACUCCAAGCAGGUCCUUGCACUUGUCGCCCUUAUGGGCGGCGAGGCCCUUGCCUUUUGGCGCAUGGAGUGCCGUGGCACCACUGCUCAGGCUCGUAUCGAUCCUCUGGUCAAUCCAGGAACGAUCGGCCACCACUCCCACCAGAUCUUUGGCUCUGGCGGUUUUGGCGAAAGCGCCGAUUACGCGGCUCUCUCUUCAUCCAACUGCACCUCGUGCAUUGCCACCCAGGACAAGUCUGCCUACUGGACCCCGAUUCCCUACUUCAAGGACGAGGCUACUGGCGAGUAUGAGGCCGUCGGUAAUGUCGGCGGUAUGCUUGCGUACUACUUCUUGAACGGAGAGGACAUCAAGGCUUUCCCCAAGGAUUUCCGAAUGAUCGCUGGUGACACUGAUCGCCGCAACUACUCGGUCGGCACUGGUGACUACGAGCAGCCCGACCCUGACAAGUCUCUUUGGCGUGCCCUGAACCAGGUCACCCAGACUGACCUGAGCCAACGUGCGCUUGGUUUCAACUGCCUCGACUACACCAAGGCUGCCGAAGGCUCUCUGUACCGUCACUUCCUGCCCUCCAAGGACUACAUUGAUGCCAACUGCCCCGAUGGAAUCCGCUUCGAGCUCAUGUUCCCAUCCUGCUGGGACGGUAAGAACAUCGACUCUGACGACCACAUGAGCCACGUGGCCUACCCGGACCUCGUUAUGAACGGUGACUGUCCGGCGGGCUUCCCUGUGCGUUUGCCUGGUCUGUUCUACGAGACCAUUUGGGACAUGGCCAGCUUCAAGAACAGGAAGGGAAGUUUCAUCAUGUCCAACGGUGACCCUUACGGAUUCGGCUACCACGGUGACUUCAUCAUGGGUUGGGAGGAGAACGACAGCUUCAAGCUUCAGGACGCAGUCGAUCAGUGCACCUCAACUAGCGGUAGGGUGCAGGAUUGCGCUCCUUUCAACCUGCAGGAGCUGGACCAGAUGCAGUCUUGCAAGCUCGACCUCCUUGGCCAGCUGCUGAAGGAGGACGUUGUUGGACCGAUCUCGGGCCUCCCCGGAGGCGUCAAGGUCUCCUGGGGCCCAGGUCCCGCAACCAGCGAUGACGGUGACGACGACAGCGCUCCCAGCUCCGUUGCCCUCCCGACCCUCACCUACUCGGCUGGCUCCACCGCGUCGGUCAACGGCAGCUUUGUUCCAGGUAAUGCCUUCAAAGCCCAGGCGACCCCCGCCAGCGCCCCUGCCCCCGUGGACGAGCCCGUCAAGGGAGCCGCCGUUGUCACCCCUGCGCCCCCUAUGCCGUCCGACCCCACCGAGAUCGUCCUGUCCACGGCCUACGAGACCACCACGCUUGCCGAUGGGACCGUUUUGGUCAACGAGGUGGUCUACGAGGAGGUGAUCGACUACGUCACCGUCGAGACGACCACCACCGUCUACGUGGAGCCCACCAACGUGCCUGAGGCCCGCCGCCGAAGUGCUCACGCUCACGCCCGCCGCCACGUUCACGGUCGCGUCCACUAAGCUUGGGCGAGCCGUCACUGGUCUGAUGGACAACUGACCGUUUUGCAAUCUUCCUGCAUACUGCAUACGAAGGAGCGUUUGUUUGGCCUUAUUCUGUACACAAAUCUGCCGUCGAGAUGAACUCCCGAUUUGAAAUUCGAUUCUUUUCCCCACUUCGUGAUCUUUCCAUACCAGUUCUUGUCUUUUUUUCCACAGGCCAUUGACCGUGCCCUCGGCCGGAUAGGCUUGGAGGCUCAGGCAGUUGCAGGCACUCAUGCCAAGGUUCAACGGCAGGUGGAUUUGUUCAUCUCGUGGGGGGAUCGAUCAAUGGAGGCUCUCAGAAAAUCCAUUUGGCAGAGUUCGCAAAUUUUAACAACCAGUACCCACAGAGUAAGAAAAGCGGCCAGAUGCCCCUUUGGUGCAAGUAGCAUUGACUGCGAACCCAAUGAUGGUGGCAAACAGCGACAAAAAAAGACAAUCUGCGAGGGGAGGUUCGUUCUGCUUUUUCCACAACUGGCGUUUCACGUUCAAAAGGCCUCAAGGCAAAGGGCGAGCAUCCGUGGUCUGGUAGCAUUUCUUGCAUUGCACGACGACUUGAUGAGAUACCUCUGAUACCUUUGAUUCAUAAAACGAGUCUGGCAUUGCACUUCACAUUCCUUCCUUAUCAGUAGGUAGAUCAAUUGAAGCUGCAUCCACACA